CCCGUGCAGAGCUCAGAUCGAGAGGCAGUCUUCAAAGGACUUCUCUGGUCAUGCGCAGUGUUUGUUGAGCUGGCUCCUAGUGCCUAGCAAUGGAAAGCUGGCGGAGCAGGCAACAUUGCAUGGUUGGAAAGUCAGCCGUAUGGUACGCUGGCGGGUCACAAUCCAUAGAAGAUUGCCCAUGCCAAGAUUUUCUAGAGCACUUUAGCGAUAAAAUGCUGGUUGCUUUUCAGCGCUGCUCAAAGCUGAUCAUGGCGGAAGCUCAUUGAGAUCAUGCUGCUGAGCAAUCUGGACUACAGUGCUAACCAAGGUGGUUGACCUAAAAAUUUGCAGCAUCCAUUUUUGAAAAAGCAAAGGGGAAGCUGAGCAGGAAGUGUCAAAAAGCUGUGAUUGCUGAAGUCACAUAAUCUAGCAGUUGUCCACCUGACCCAAGAUGGCGGCUGCAGAGGAGCACGAGGACGAUUGCGACACCAGGCCUCCAAUAUUUGAAGGUGUCCGCUUUGCUCUGCUGGGCUAUGACGCUGUGCACGCAGCAGAGCUGCGGUCCCUGCUGGAAGGUGAAGGGGCUCAAGAGGUGGUCGAUGCAAGCGAGGUGCCCCCGGGCUGCACACACCUGAUCACAGCGUACAACUAUGACGAUCCUGCCUGCCUUUCGGCCAGGCAGGCAAAGGUCGUGGUCGUGCGAGCACUUUGGGUGGAGCACUGCAUGAGGCACGGGCCGGUUAGCCCCCACCGGGUGGUGUACCAGCCCCCCCGCCCAUCCGCCCCACUUGCUGGGGCGGCCUCGCUGCAGAUCAGCCUCACGGGCUACAAAGGCAUCUACCGCACCACUAUCAUGGCGCUGUGUGAGCAAAUGGGUGCGGUGUACACUAAGGAGCUGUCCGCGGGCAACACGCACCUCAUCUGCUACGAGUUCAAAGGCGAGAAGUACAACUUUGCGCGCGAGCGUGAGCUGCACCUGGUCAACCACCGCUGGCUGGAGGACAGCUUGCGCCUGGGUGCCCUGCAACCGGAAGAGCACUAUACAGAGCUCAGCGGUCAGGAGGUGGAGGCUGCAGAGGAGGCGGAAGACCCAGCUGCGGAAGACGAGGCAGCGGCACAGGAGAAACAGUGCAAAGCAGAAGGUGAGGUGACAGGGGAUGAGCGCCAUGAGACGGCAGGAGAGGGGGUCACUGGCGGCACAGGAAAUGAAGCUGAGCCCAUGCAAGAAGAUGACGACGGGGGAAAUAUGCAGACUGAAGAAGAGGCACUUCAAGGCAACGUCGAAGAGGGCUCGAAAAGUGGAGGCCCAGCGGAGGAGAACGUCGGCAGUGUGAGGCCCGAGCGGCGGGAGGGUUGGAAGGCUGCUGGGGCAACGGUGCGGGUGCAAAAGGGGCUGGGGUAUCUGGCGGGCAGCGCACAGCCCCCUGGGUGGGAAGAAAAGGAGAGGGGCACGAGCAGGGGCAGCCCGAAGGGCGUGCAAAAGUACCUGGACGAGAUGUCGAGUCUUGCAAGCGGGGGCGCAGAAAAAGGACCUCUGGAAGGAGGGGGGUGGGAAGAAGAGGGCGGAAAGGACGAGGACGUUUCAUUUGCCAAGAUGGGGCUGACGGAGAAGACGGCAAAGAGUGCUAACGAGGAAACGAUCAAGGGGGCAGCUGAACCGGCGGAGCCGAUGCGCAGUGUGCCUGAAGGAGAGGCAGCGGCAGAGGUAGAAGUAGGACCAGCUGUUGGGAAGGCAGGGGGCGGCAGGUUGAAGAAGGUGGGUGAAGCGGCCUGCCUGACACCAGUCGUAGAAAGUGGGGGAGCAAACGGCGUGGUGCCCCUGGAAGAGGAGGAAGAGGAAGAGGGGGGCCCAGCGCAGGCCAGCAGCAAAAAGGGGAGAAAGCGGGGGAAGAGAAUCUUACUGGAGAGCGAUGAGAGCAGCCAAGAGGGGGCCGCUGAUGCAGCGACACAUGAGCCCACAAGACCAGAGGCAGCAAAUGAGGAGCAGGGGGAAGAAAAGGAAGACGGUAUGGCAGAGCCGGUGCAGGGACCCGUGCAAAGAGAGCUUGCAGAUGAGGGGGGCAGCGAGGGGUCAGGCGACGAGGCAAUCGCUUGUCUAGCCAAGGGGAACAAGCGGAAGAAAGUAGGGCAAGGACAGCAAGGGACGGCCAAGAAAGCAGCGGCUAACAAGAGGAAGAAGAAGGGGAGCGAAGCCUCAGGGGCUGAGUGUGAGCAGGAUUCUAGGUCAGAAAGGGACGGGACAAAGGGAGGGUCAGCCAAUGGAGAUGAGGCGGUCAUCGCGGAAGCCUCAGAACGGAAGCAGGAUGAGCAAACGGGGGCCAUGCCUGAGCAGGGCCAGAGAGCAAGUAGCGCAGGGGACGAGCAGGAAGCACUAGUUGGAGAAGAGGCCGGUCAGCCGGCUGAACCGAAGCAAGACGAGGAAAUGGAAACGGAAGCAGCAGGGGAGCCAAAAAGCGCCGCCCAGCGGUCUCCUUUGGCCGCAGCGGCGGCGGGCCUCGGGCGCACCCCCGGGAAGAACGCUCUGGUGCGCGCUAAGCCGAAACCGAUUGUUAGGCGGGUUGGGGGCAAACCGAACCGGGCGUUCCGGCCCCCUGCCAGGGUGAAGGCUGCGGAAACGGAAAGUGGGCAGGAGGGGCCCGCAAAGAAGCCAAAAGGUGGGGCAAAGAAAGCGGUCCCCACUAAAGCAGCGGUAGCGGACAUUGCGGAAGAGGCUGAGGAAGAGGAUGCGCAGCAGGGGGGCCUGCAGCCAUCGGAGGGGGCCAGUCAGGAAGAGGAAGGCCAAGCGGGCAAGAGGAAGGGCGGACCAGCAGACGGGGACGAGCAAGGGGAGAAGAAAGUGAAGAGCGGGAAGAAGAAACGGAAGCUAGCCAGCAACGGUAGUGUUGUGGUGGGGAGGCGCAGCGAGGAGAUGGUAACGCCUGCCAAGGGGGCAGAGAGAAAGUCGGGGUCCGCAGGGGGUGCACCAGAACCAGCGGCUGAGCCAACGAGCGACGACCUGAGGCACGAGGCGGCGGGUGGAGGGCCGAAGCCCGAAGAGGAGUGCGGAACAGCCUCCGCACUGGAUCCGACAAAAACAGGGGCAGGUGUUGUUGAAAAGGAAUGCGAGGGGGGGAAGGAAAAGAAAGAGGGCAAGCAGAGUAAGAAGGGGGGCAAGAAGCCCCAAGGGGUCAAGAAAGGGACCGGCGAAAUCGAGGGAGGGGACAUAAAGGAAGCGGCGAAGGCGGAUUCGCUGAUUGAGGCAAACAAGGAGAACAUCAAAAGCGAAGCCGAGAAAGCCGCAGCGCAGGGGGUGUCCUGCGAGGCGAAGAGCAGCCUGGGAGGAGCGCAAACGGCGCCCUACUUUGCGUUUGGAGGGAGCGGGGAGCAGAAGGACAGCAUGGUCAAGAAAGUCAAGGCGCUGGGCGGCCGCGUGGCGCGGCUGGGCCACGAAUUUGACCGCAAGACGACCCACGUGGUGCAUCCCCCGCCCCUGAAACGCACCGAAAAGGUGCUGGCCGCGCUUGCUGCUGGACUCUGGCUGCUGCAGCCGGCCUUCCUCACCGCCAGCAAGCCCGCCGGGGGGUGGGCUACCGAAGAGGAGCACGAGUGGGUCCCAGGGACCGGUGACGUGGGCGCGGCUCUUGAUUUGUCGGCGCCGCGCCACUGGCGGCAGCGACGCGCGGAGACGGGGCGGCGUGCGUUGCAGGGCCUGCGCGUGGUGUUGUACGGCGACUUCCAGAACCCGACCACUGACGCGCUCAAGCGAAUCGUGCUCGCGGGGGGCGGCCAGGUGUUGGCCAGCGGCCCCGGUCCCCUCAAGCUGCCCGCUGCGAGUGCGAGCAGCGUACAAGUCGCCAUCAUCGGAGAGGGAGUGCUCAGCGCCGACGUGUGCGUGACGGAGCUUUUGGCGGCCGGCGCGGGUUGCGUCAAUGCCACGUGGCUCCUGGACACGCUCUCGCUGCCACGUGGCGAUCACUCGCAGCACGUGCUGUUCGGCACGGAGGCCGCCGUGGCUGCCGCCCUCGAGAGCGUCAACAGUGCUCCGGCGGAACCGCAGAAAGGUACCGGCAAAGGGGUAGGGAAAAUGGGGAAGGCAGGACCCAAAGCGAAAGGAGUUCUGCAACCCCAUAGUGCAGGAGGGAGCCUUAAGACCAGCGCAAAGACGGGGAAGAAGGCGGGCAAGGACAAGGGAACUGCGAAAAGCGGGGGUUCGGUUGAAGCUGAGGAUAGCGUAUUAGAGGAAGAGGAUGACGUGGCGUGCGGGGUGUGCGGCCGCGUGGACCAGGAGGCGGAGAUGGUGCUGUGUGACGGCAGAGGGGGGCAGUGUGACCUGGCAGUGCACAUCUUCUGCAUGGCGCCGCCGUUGAAACAGGUGCCCGAAGGGGACUGGUUCUGCUCCAUCUGCCAGGAAGGACAGGGCGGAGCGAGUCCGUGAGGCAGGAAACAUGGUCUGCAGAAAUGUCAAGCGGCUCUGGAGCAGUAUUUUGUGGCUCUGUUGCAUCGCGGCACGAGCAGUCAAUCGGUUUAGAGAACACGCAGUUCCUCAAGUGCUGCAGGGGGUCAAACGGUGCUAGGAUGAUGCACUCAGUAUUUAUUCUGCUGGUGCGGGCUGGUCGGACAAAAGCAGGCUGUCAAGUGAGAUGUCAGCUGUGAUUCCGACCACCCCAAUCCUUCUGGGGUGCUCUACCCGUCCUCUUCAC